UGACGCGUCGUGACCCGGAAGUGGAAAUGCUUUGAUCUCCGCCUGCAUUAUUGUCGGUUUUAAACUGGCAGCAGGAUGUUUAACAAGAAAGCAAGGAGAAAUUUUCGGCAACGAAGAGACGACUCCAGUGAAGAGGAUGAAGGUGAAAAAGUCAGUGAUGGUGUGAAGGAAGUGGACAGUUUAAAGCAGGUGAAUGUGCGGAGAGGAAUCUCAUGCAGCUCAAAAUCAAACCCAGCUCCAGCACACAGAGGCUCGUGCGCUGAGUCCAGCCCACAACACACACAGGAUCCUGAGCCAUCUAAAGCCCCAACUAAAGAAGACAAGACGCCCAAGAGUCAAACCCUGAGCUUCCUGGGUGAAAAAGAAGGUGCAGGUGAGAGUGACUUCAAGUUGAAAAGAACUGCGAACAAAGCUGUGGUCUUCCAGGCUCGCAAAAAGGAAGAUUCGCCCAUCAAGGUGUCACCUUCACAACAAGAUGUGGAAGACAUUGAGCCUAAGGAGCAGUCAGAGAGCAGUUCUGCUGAGGACAUGUCUCCAGACAGCAGCGAUGAAACAAACUCCACAGCUUCCAGCUCCUCCAGCUCUACUGAGUCUUUCAAAACUCAGACCGUUAACAUCCCUAAUGCCGAGAAGAUCCGCGCAGCUAAGGAGCAGAGGAGGAGAGCGAGGGCACAGCGAGACUACAUUCCUCUGGAUGCAGAUCAGGAAAGUGGAGCAGAGGUUGGAGAUAGAGCGCAGGAUGAGAGCGAUAGAGAACACGGCAGUGACGAUGAACCGGACGAUCACGAACGCAGGAUCCAGUUUGCACCCAAAUCCAAAACACUUAGAGAACGGAUGACUGAGAAAAUGGGUGGGAGUGGGAGUGAGGAGAGUUGCUCUGAUAGCCAGGAGGAGGACCAGCACCUCUGGGAGGAGCAGCAGAUAGGAAAAGGUGUUAAACGACACCAGAAGCAAAGUAGAAAUGAUUUCAAACCUCUCAGGCGGAAGAAAAUGCUUGACAUCCCUGAGACUCUUUCACCAGUCAGCAUCGAUAUCAUAAAGAAGAGAAUCGCUGGAAAGCUGGAAUCUCUGAAGGAGGUGCAGAGGGCUCAUGAAGCCGAGCUCAGGAGGAUGCAGCAGGACAUAGAGAGUGCAAGGAGCUCUGUAGAGAACCUAGAGAACCAUCCUGCUGACAGCCAGCUCCUCUUCUAUCGCAGCAUGAACACCUUCACCCAGAACCUGGUGGACUGCUUGUCUGAGAAGAUGCAGCUGAUAAACUCCGCGGAGCUGGACAUGCACAAUCUGUAUAUUGACCAGGCGGAGGCGCUGUUGUCUCAGAGAAGAAAAGCAGUGCAGGAACAGUCCAGACACCUUCAGCAGUUAACCUACAGCACUAAUCCACACAGCAAUGGAGAAGCACUGGGGAAAACCAGCACAGCUACAGACAGUGAGCUGUUAGAGGAAGAUUGUGGGAGCGUCCCAGCUGAUUUGGGACCAACAGCAGAGCAGGAGGCCGAACUGCAGAGUAAAAGAAAGGACAUACUGAAGGGAAGUCAGGAGAUUUUUACUGAUGUUCAGGACGACUUCUCAGAUGUGAAGAAAAUCCUCUCCAGGUUUAAUGAAUGGCGUGUCUCAUUUCCAGAGUCGUAUACCAACGCCUACAUCAGUUUAUGUCUUCCUAAACUCCUGGCCCCUUUGAUACGACACCAGCUCAUUGGCUGGAACCCUCUCAAGGCUGAGGGUGAAGAUUUUGAAGCACUGCCAUGGUACUCUGCUGUCGAGAAAUUCUGCCAUGGACAAGGCUACGAAGAAUCUGAGAAUGUUGAUGAGAAAACACUACCUGCUAUCGUAGAGAAGGCCAUCCUGCCCAAAAUUCGAGGAUUUGUGGAGCUGGUGUGGGACCCUUUGUCUCUGCAGGAGUCUCAGUGUCUCACGUCGCUUUGCAAAAGGAUACAGGAGGAUUACUGUGUUUUCGAUGGUGAACAGAGCAAGCCUGUGAAGGCUUUUCUGGAAGCUGUUAUGCAGAGACUCAGGAGUGCUGUGGACAAUGAUGUGUUCAUCCCUCUUUAUCCAAAAAGUUAUUUGGAUGACAAGACUUCCCCACAAUUCCAGUUUCAGAAUCAACAGUUUUGGAGUGCUGUUAAGUUGCUUGGAAACAUGGCAUUAUGGGAUGGCUUGAUCGCUCAGGAUGUUCUGAAGGAGCUGAUGCUGGACAAACUUCUCAACCGUUACCUGAUGAUGACUCUUCUGAAUGAGUCCAAUGCAAAGCACAUUAUACAGAAGAGCAAGAAGGUGACUGAGUGUUUUCCAAAGUCCUGGUUUGUGGAUCUCAACACUGGAUCAUCACUAUCACAACUGCAACACUUCAGCAAGCAUCUUCUCCAGACAGCAGAUUUAUUAUGUAAAGACAGAAAGGAUCCCACCAGCUGCAGAACUGUCCUAUCUGAUGUCAUGAUCCUUCUUUGGACCAUCAAGGCAUCUGAGAGCAUGAAGAUUAUAGCAGAAAAAUACAAUUGUCAUGAUUUGCUGGAAUCUAUAAAUAAGUCAUAGUUUUUUAUCAAUGUAACAAUAAAUUUAUUUUUAUAGCCAAGAAAUCAAUGUAUUGUGUGAUUUGUGAUUUGUGAAAAAAAAAAUGUGAUUUGAAAAAAAAAAACAGCGUGAGAUUGUUUUUCUUUUCUUUUCUUUUUUUUUUUUUUUUUUUUUGAAUUGUUGCUAGUUUUCAUUUUAUUGGCUCAUGAGGUUUGUUUGUUAUUUAUUUAUUUAUUUAUUAUUUAUUCUACCCCUGUAUUUCCAGCCGUUAACCCUUAUAACCCUACAGCCAGCUACAUUAUUAAACUGUGAAUCAUC